CGAGGACUCAAAGCAACCAGCAGUGUCUGGUUUGUCGUUGUAAGAUCUGCAUUUAGUUUAUUCACCCGACGUUAGUGCUAAAGAAAGACCGAGAGCGUUUAUCGCAUCUACCCCCGCGCGCGCGGAAAGCGUCUACGGGAAGUUGACUGGGCGGGCUACUGUGUCAAAAUAUCUAAAUCGAUUUCAUCGACAAUUUUCUUUGAGUGGAAUGAGCUACCAUUCACCCAUCGUGUCUGUUGCACAAUGGAUGUCCUCUCUGUCUGCCUAAUUGCCCAAGCCAAAACAAACCGUAACAGAUCUAGUCUAUUCAGAGGAUAGCAAUAGGCCCUCACUCCACCCUCUCCCUUGACGUUACAUAUCAGUUUAGAGCAGUGCAGAUUCUCACUCUGGUGUCUGGAUUGCUUUGAUUUGCUGGUUUAGUGAAGGGCGAAGGUAGGUCUGAGGCAGAAAAACGGAUUUAGAAACACUAGUACCUCAAUUUUCUGGGGAUAAAAUAUCCAGUGUGCUGCUGCUUGAAUUAUUUAUACAUAUUUGGUUCUCUACCUGUAAGAUUGUGAAGUAAAUUUAUUUUUUCCAUAUAACUUGAAAACCAUCUGCGCACCAUGGUAUCGACAACUCUGGCCACGAUAGCGCUUGUGAGCAGCACCAUUGCCGGGUUUGCUCGAAUCGAUACGGCAGACUAUCUAUGGCUCCUAAUCCUAGGUUUCGUCAUAGCGUUUAUCCUGGCCUUUUCAGUGGGUGCUAAUGACGUCGCCAACUCGUUUGGGACGGCAGUGGGUUCAGGUGUAGUUACCCUUAGGCAGGCCUGUAUUCUUGCUACUAUCUUUGAGACUGUGGGCUCCGUGCUGCUUGGAGCCAAGGUCAGCGAGACCAUCCGUAAAGGCAUUAUCGACGUGACCAUGUACAACGGCUCAGAGCAUGUGUUGAUGGCUGGCUCAGUCAGCGCUAUGUUUGGCUCUGCUGUGUGGCAGUUGGCUGCUUCUUUUCUGAAGCUUCCUAUUUCUGGGACCCAUUGCAUCGUGGGGGCUACCAUUGGCUUUUCACUUGUCGCCAAAGGUCAGCAGGGAGUCAGAUGGUGGGAGAUUCUUAGAAUCGUUGUUUCAUGGUUCCUCUCACCUCUCCUUUCCGGCAUCAUGUCUGCCGUUCUUUUCUACUUUGUUCGCAAACUCAUCUUACAAAAGAAGGAUCCAGUGCCCAAUGGUCUGAGGGCCCUGCCCUUCUUCUACGCUGUUACAAUGGGAAUCAACCUGUUCUCCAUAAUGUUUACUGGAGCUCCUCUGCUGGGAUUCGAUAAGCUGCCCUGGUGGGGAGUGCUGCUAAUUUCCAUCGGUUUUGGCCUGGUCACCGGCAUCUUCGUUUGGUUUGUUGUCUGCCCUCGACUCAAGAAGAAGAUUGAAUGUAAAUUAAAGUCUUCCAGUCCCUCUGAGAGUCCUUUGAUGGAGAAGAGGGAGCUGCAUGAAGCUCACAGUCCCAUCCUGAAACCUGUCCCUGAGGAAUCCAGUGCCCUGUCCUCUAACACCGCCUCUAACCCCCCCUCUUCCCCACCUCCUUCUGAGGAGCGCAAAGUCACCUUUAACAUUGGGGAUUCAGAUGACCCAGAUCAAAAGGACUGCAAAGAGUCAGAGACAGGCAUUGCAGCUCCAAGGACCCACGUUCAAUUCACCACCGGCCCCAGUCAGAUUCCUAGCAAUGGUUACUCACAGUACCACACAGUUCACAAGGACUCCGGCCUCUACAAGGACCUGCUGCACAAACUCCAUCUGGCAAAAGUGGGAGACUGCAUGGGGGAGGGUGGCGAACGGCCCAUCCGCCGCAACAACAGCUACACCUCCUACACUAUGGCCAUCAUUGGCAUGUACGGAGACAUCAAGCCCAAAGAAGCUGACUUCCGUGCUUCCGAAGACGGAGACAAGGAAAAAGCCAGCACCCAGGAGAGGAAGCGCGUCCGCAUGGACAGCUACACAAGUUACUGUAAUGCAGUGGCAGAGAAUGGUGCACCCGAAGGCCUCGGCGAGGGUGAGGUCACUUUGGAGAUCGUUGAGGAAGAUCCUGGGAGCAGCCGUAGUUCUUUGGAGGAGGAUAGAGCCGAUGCUGACAGACCGGAAGUGUCGAUGCUCUUCCAGUUCCUGCAAAUUCUAACCGCCUGUUUUGGCUCCUUUGCUCACGGAGGAAAUGAUGUCAGUAAUGCAAUCGGUCCCCUGGUUGCUCUGUGGCUGGUCUAUGAGAGUGGGUCUGUUAUAUCAAGUGCACCAACUCCGAUCUGGUUGCUGCUGUAUGGAGGAGUAGGCAUCUGUGUCGGUCUCUGGGUCUGGGGCCGUAGAGUCAUCCAGACCAUGGGCAAGGACCUGACCCCCAUUACCCCGUCUAGUGGUUUCAGCAUCGAGCUCGCCUCAGCCAUCACCGUAGUGGUUGCUUCUAACAUUGGUCUUCCAGUUUCCACCACUCACUGCAAGGUCGGGUCAGUGGUGUCUGUCGGCUGGCUGCGCUCCAGGAAGGCAGUGGACUGGCGGCUGUUUAGAAACAUCUUCAUGGCCUGGUUUGUCACUGUGCCCAUCUCUGGCCUUAUAAGCGCGGCCAUCAUGGCCCUGUUCACCUACGUCAUUCUGUGAGGCCUUAAAAGUCCUCUCUGCUCUCAAGGAGGAACAAGGAUCCCCAGAGAGAGGAUGAGGGCAUGUCUCAACCUUCCCUUCUCUGUCUCUCUCGUAUUUCCUCCCUCCUGUCAUCCUCGUGAUGAGUGGGGGAUGAAAAGGCCCUUUCGAUUGAGCCUGUGAUUCUUGGUUGCAUCAUUUUUAGCCUGUAUUGAUGAUUUGUGUGCAUUGCAGUGCACCAUCACAUGCCAUAGGCCAGGGAAGAAAAUGUCUUCAUCACUAGAAUGGUUGCCAUUUAAAUUCCCUCUUGUACAUAUGUUAAAUCACAAUGUUUUUUUUUUUUUAAUGUAAUUAUGUACAGAACUAAAGGGUUUUUUAAGGUAAAACAACAAUUACAAUGCAGUAUUAGCUAGACUUCCUUUGACAUGCAUUUUUCAUUACUUUGUCAUUUGAGUUCCUU